AUGAGUUGGUGGUUGGCUAGAGCAACUGGCACCGCAAAGCAGACCACGAAACAGGACAAAGCACCACAAAGCUUCCAAAGCGUGGCACUGAUUAUAGGCGUGACGGGCAUCGUAGGGAACAGCUUAGCUGAAAUUCUACCUCUCCACGACACACCUGGGGAUCCAUGGAAGGUUUACGGUGUGGCUCGCCGUACCCGACCAAGCUGGAACUCCGAUCACCCUGUCCACUACAUCCAAUGCGAUAUCUCCAAUCAAAACGACGCCGAAUCCAAGCUCUCCUGUUUAACCGAUGUCACUAACAUCUUCUAUGUUUCGUGGACCAGUAGGCUCACGGAGGCCCAAAACUCCGCGAUCAACGGUGCCAUGUUAAGGAACGUCCUACGCGCUGUCAUCCCAGACGCUCCCAAUCUACGCCACGUGUCUCUCCAGACAGGUGGCAAUCAUUACCUAGGACCCUUCGAGUUCAUAGGUAAAGUCAAACCCCAUGACCCACCUUUCACAGAGGAUUUGCCACGAUUAGGGGUACCCAAUUUCUAUUACACUCAAGAAGAUAUCUUGUUCGAAGAGGUCGCCAAGAAGGAUGGGGUGACAUGGUUCGUUAAUCGACCACAAGUUAUCUUUGGUUUCUCUCCUUACAGUAUGAUGAACCUCAUUAGGACUCUAUGUGUUUACGCUGCUAUUUGCAAGCAUGAGGGUGUUCCCUUGUGGUUUCCUGGUACCAAAGAAGCGUGGGAGAGUUAUUCCACUGCUUCCGAUGCUGAUUUGAUUGCGGAGCAACACAUUUGGGGUACGGUGGAGCCUCAUGCAAGGAACGAGGCCUUUAACUGCAGCAAUGGUGAUGUUUAUAAGUGGAAGCAUUUGUGGAAGGUGUUGGCGGAACGGUUCGGGAUUAAGGAAUAUGGGUUUCAAGAAGGUUCUCAUCUGAGGUUGUCUGAGAUGAUGAAGGAUAAGGGUCACGUGUGGGAAGGGAUUGUGAGGGAAAAUGGGUUGCAGCAAACAAAGCUUGAAGAGGUUGCGGAGUGGUGGUUUGCGGAUUUUGCGUUGGGAGGGGAGGGUGUGUUGGAUAGCAUGAAUAAAGCGAAAGAACAUGGGUUUUUUGGAUUUAGGAACUCCAAGAAUUCGUUUGUGAGUUGGAUAGAUAAGACAAAAGCUUCAAAGAUUGUUCCGUGA